CAGAAUUUAGGACUGCAAUUCAAUGGUCUUGUUCACUGUAGCAGGUAUCGGACACAUACUGAAAUACUAAAAUAAGGUUAAAGUUUGCUGAAAUUUGUUAUUUCUCAAUUUAGUUGAGUACUACUUCUUGUCUUCUGCGUGCUGUACCUGUAGCCAAAGUGCUUUGUUUCAUCGCCGUCGCACUUAGCGUCCAGGCUGAAGCGAGAAGCCCUCGAAUCUUGAAUCCCAUCUACCGUGAAUAAGAUUAAGAAAAGAUGUCUUCCCUUGAAGCAGGUUCGCCUUGGCUGUUCUUUAGGCAUACCUAUCCAGCUCGUUUUCGGCUCUUCUCUGCGCUUGCCGCUCUGUUGAAUGGUGCAUUGGCGGCAAUUCCAACUACAUUUAAGAGUAGGUUAAAGGUGCUAUUCUUACCCCUUUUUAUGCCUCUCUCCUAAGGGAGUGGGAGAAAGGCAUAAACAGCGGGGUAAGCGAGCACCAAAAACCUACCUCUAAUACAUCUAGUGCAAGUACUAGCAGCACUUCUUCGUGUAAUUAUCAAGUAGAAUUACAACAGGCCGCUGCGUCGUCAUCCGAUGAGAGGGCGCCGUCCAGAUCUGGGGGCUCAACCUCUUUGGGAGCAUCAGUUUUUAGGCGCCUGGGGGAAGGAGCAAAGGUGGAAAAACAUUCUGAAAGACAUCCAAUAUCCGACGAAACUCAUGCAGCAGAACAGGCCAGUCCUCACGGAGCAGCUUCAUCAAGUGGAAGCUCUACCACUUUUUUUGAUGCAGAAGGGGGGCAAUUGAGCCCGCUGGCAGCAACAACGUCACCACAAAGUCGUGGUGAUCGUAGUACGCAUCUCGGAUUCUUGUUCCCUAAAAUUAGUGGAGAGUUCGGAUUGCCAAAGUCUCCUCAUACUUCACAUGCAACAAGUCCAACGUAUUUACACCUUCAGGAAGACGCAGGUGGCGGCGCCCCACCUCUACUGCCGUCAUCUACUGCAGAAGUAGGUUUAGACGACGUGUUCAGUAGCGGAAGAGGAUCGGCAUAUUCAGGAUCUUCGCAGUCGUCAACGCCGAUGGAGUCAACAACCACUAAGAUCAAUCUUGGAAACAAGCCUCAUUAUGCUAGUUUCAUAGAGGACACCAGGGAUCAACAUGUUCGAGAAGACCACCAAGAACGACAACAUAUAGAAAAAGAACCUGUUCCGAGAACAGGAGGAUCAACAAAGAUACAGUAUUAUCAGGUGAAAGUAUCUUCAUUGUCAGGAGAUGGGGAAAAGUCCUUUGUUGUAAGAGACGUGGCUGAUUUGGAGAUCCUCGUGAAACGAAACCUGUAUCCGACUAUACCACCAGAGGACAUUGCGUUAAAGUUUGUGGAGUUAGGCACGGGCCCGACAAAUAUCGGGGAGGGACAAAACCUCCCUCUCUCUUCUGAUCAUCCCGACUUCCGCAUCUACGAAGGCCAAUCUUUGUCUGUGGUACGACUUCCAGGUGCUUCUUCUGCAAGUAGUGCGGGUGGACUUGAAGGGCGUCUAAACAGCGCAGAUUUCGACUACUCACAAGAUCCUAGCGCACGAUGGCUGUCACUCCCUAUUCCGUAUCCACAUGGGGAACUUCAUGUGCACAAAAUCAUCGUACGAAAAGUUGGGCUCGACGCAGGGAACAUGAAUAACCCUAAUCCUGCAGGUCGUGCAGAAAAUAACGGACUUCAAGGAACUACUACAACUGGUGUUGUACGGUUACGACAUCUUACACCUCCCAGACGAGUAGCCGUACCAGGACCAUUGAGAAUACAUCAACCAGUAGGCGCCGCUCAGCGUCCCCUUCCAUCCGUUUUAGAACCUGUAGUUGAAGACGGAGCUGGGGAAGAUCAAGAUCAUCCAGACCAAGAUCAUAGAGGUAGAGCAGGAGCUGGCAAUGGCAAUGAUCUUCCCACACAAGAACAUGAUCAACGUCAACAUGUAACAAGAUUCAUACAAGAUCUAUGACAGGAGAAAGGAAAAAGUGUAAACAUACUCACAUAGUAAUAUAGAAGAUGGUGUAUAGUGUUAAUCCAUACUUCUUCCGACCAUUAACUUCGAGUAUGAUCUACUCAGAAAAUUGGCUGCCUUCCCACGUACUAACUGGGCGGCCAUUGGAUCCUCUAGCUAAUUCCUGGAGUCCCAUGAGUACACUUUUUCUUUUCAUAAUAUCCACGUCCAGAAGGGGAACGUCCACUUGCACCAGAUCAACAUCCAGGCGCGGUUAAUAGAGGCUUUCAUGACCUACAAGAACAGCUCCCAACUUCUGAGAAUCGCCCAGCGCGAAUCGAGAUUGAAAACUUCGACAGAAAAGCCGUACGCGUAGCAGAUCUCUACGAAUUAGGCAGGUACUUUCGAGGCCGCCAUACACACCCUAUUCUUACGGAGCAAGUUGUGCAUGGUUGUUGGUCUCGUCAGGGUAAAAAUGUGGUGGGCACAUUAAAAAUGGAUUUUUUUUCACUCCUGGUGUCUGAGGUUGAGGAGAAAUAACAAUAUAAAUGAGAAGAUGAUAGAUUGUCAUAAUAUAUAUCUACAUCUACUUCGUUUAACAUUAUUAUAGUCGAUCUACGUUCACCGGCUCUACCUCCCGACUUGUUCUAUAAUUGAACUAGUUCAAUAGUUUAUACCCCAAGAGUGGGCACACUACUACCACUACUACUAAGAACGAAGCCUCUUAACAAGGCUUAAAUAAUCCUUAACGUCUAACUCUUGCUUCGGGAAACCGGAUGCGCUUCGUCCGUCCGUUCUCUACCAAGGGAUGGGAUGCCGAUUGGCGUAUGUCGUUGACACGCGAGAGCUCGGGACUCAUGAGAACGGGUGGUCGCUGGCUCAGCUUGAUCAUAUGGCAAACUCUGAGUAAUUUUGCUUCACCAACGGCCAGUAAGGGUCAUCUUUGAAGCACCUGACUAUGACUAAGGUGAAUCCAUUGUACACUCACCAUCUCUGUUUUAGCCACGAGCUCUUUCUUGGAAUAAGCUAAAAGAUUAAGAUGAAGAUGUUUUAAAAGAGGGAGUAUUCUUGGUACGACGUCUACGUCUAAUCAUUGCAUUUGUAAAACAAAGGCAAAUGCUGCUCUUAGGUAGUCUUGCAGGAACUGCGACAGGGACACACAUGACAAGGCAAGUUUCAAUUUGUAGACUUGAUUCGUGAGGAAUAUAGAUUUGAUUCGUAAGGAGUAGGAGGCAGCACAUGCCGAUCAUACGACUCAGAUUGAUUGCAUUUUCUUCAAUUUUACUAGUGCUGAUAUAUCUUCAAAAAAAGUUCGACAAAUAUUUAUCCUGAUCGCCUUAUUUUGUUGUAUUUGUAGUUAUUGUUGUCCCACCCUAUCUCUCUAAUUUCAGAUUCAGCAUUGUCAGACAAGGGGACGGCUUUGACAGAGGGGAUGACCAAGACGAUUCCGAUUGUGAGGUCUUCUUCUACAACCCGCGUGAAGCCAUGGCUGAGAAUACCGUGCCAAGUCUUUACUUAUGAAGUGUUUUCACGUUACGCGAGAUCAUACACUUAUCAUGCAGAGGCAGGGUUAAGUAGAUGAAUACAACAAGUACUUUAUCAAGUAGUGCCUUUGCUCCUGUUCAUCAUACAAUCGAAUUUGUGACUGAAAAACAAGUGCCUCCUAGUUUCACAUGAAAUAGUUGUGAGCGCCGCCAACUCCAGUGCUCAUAUUAACCCUACUUACUCGAAAACUGAAAAUAGACGAGUGUCAAAUGCAAUAACCGAGUAUCAUCUGAGAUUGUUAUCUAGAAGAUUACUCCCUUAUUAUACAAAGCACCCAGUUUAAAAGUGUGAGCAGCAGCUCUCUUGCAGUAGUUGCACUUCUAAUCUCCAUGCCCGUGAUACUAACCGGAGCAGAGGGAAGGGGGGACGAGCGAUUUGUGAUCGGGCCAUUCUACGACGAAUCUUAUCAUUUCGAUGCUGCGUUUGAAGACAUCUUUCUACACUAGGGAUUAACUCAUGGGAAUUGGUAGAUAAUGUAGAGACCAUUUUCAAGGGGCGAAGGUUCUACGAUGCGUCUCAGCGUGAAUCAUGUCUCUUAGUUCUAAUAUCGAGUAAAUCCAGAUGUUCAUGCCGUGCUUGGUCUAAUUACAAGGUUCGUGUCCUCGUCUGGAGAAGGCUGCUCUAUUCUGAAGGUACCUCUACACCGAGUGGCCUCAUAGAUGCGAAACGCUAUACAAGAGGCGCCAUGACAUGACAGCAGCGAGCUUUUCUUUGAUUUCAUACAUCCGCUGAUAGAACUAGGGAAUAAAGUUACUAAAGCGUAAUGCAAUUCCUUACAUUCACUCAAAGAACGCAAACAACAACACAGACAUGAGAAAGGGAAUAAAGAUCCUCAACAUGAGAAUGAGCAUCACUUGAGAUAUCGUAGUACAACUUUAGCAAAAGAGUUCUUCUUCUUUUUCUUACAGGAGUCAGAAGUCCUUCUUUCUAUGAUUUUGCAGUCAUCUAGAGAAAAAAAAUGCUCUAGUGCCCCAUCCGACGAAUGUGCUUGCUUCAGUAUCAGUUUCUGUUACUACAAUAGAA